AUGCGGCGGAGAGAAGCUUGCGUCUCAGAGGCACUGAUCAGGAGAGGCGACGACUUGAUGAACACUGUGGGACGAGCUGUUGACGAGGCUCACCGGAGGUUGUGGAGGAGAUCUGAGAGCUCGAAAAAGAAAGAGCUACCCUUUGUCCAAAAAAAGAAGAAGAGUUACCCAUCUCCAAAACGGCAGCAUCUCAGCGAGAUCUCCACCGUAGAAAAAAAAUCAAACGGUAUCCAUAUCCCUUUGGAUCUAACCCUCGUUAUACUCUCGAGACUCCCGGUGAAGUCACUAGUGAGCUACCAUAAAUAUUGCAACAUGGGCUGUGAUGGAUUCGUCGGGUAUGAUCCAGUUGAGGAUCAAGUUUUCACGUUAUUGGGAGGUCCAAAGAAGCAGCAAUUGAAGAGUCUUGACAUCCAAGCUAAGAUGAAUCAGCUAAACGAAUUAACUUUGGUAAACUACAAGGGGAAAUUAGGAUGCAUACGUCACACCGAGGAUAGUGCAGAGAUGUGGAUUAUGGAAGAUCAUCAUAAGAAGAAACAAGAAUGGUCUAAGAUAAUACCGUGCAUCCCUCAUACUAUAAUAAAGAUUUUAGGAUUUGGACCUUAUGGUCAUUGUUUCGCCGGUGUCACUCCUUAUGGUGAGAUUGUGAUAAUACCCAAGAGAUUGGAAUCUAAAGAAAGGUUAAAAACCUACUAUUAUGAUCCGAUUCCAAACGUGAUCAAGCUGCAAACAUUGCAUUUGGAGAAGACAAUGAAUCACACGUUUGCAUUGACUAAGAAUUGUAUAGAGCGUUAUGUUUCUCAAUAUGAAAUGGAGCAGUCGAUAUCUAAAGAGCAUUUGGAGUUUGAUGAUUGGAAGGAAGGUUGA